AUGGUUGUAAAUGCACCAUCUUUAGGUGAUUGGAGUGGAAGUGAUAGUAUAAAUUCCACUUCUUUCCUUCCAAUGACUCAGGAACAAAAAGAUUGGCUUUUAGCUAUUGUUGACUGUGACCAACCAAAGAUGACUAGAAUGCUAAAUCAACAUCCUGAAUUGGCUGCUUGGAAGACAAGUAUCAAUGGAACUGCACUACAUUAUGCGGCCAAAUAUGGAGAUUGUGCUGCAAUCCGAUUGUUACUUGGAAAUUAUCAAGUUCAAGUUGAUGCUCAAACAUGUGGUAUGACUCCUUUACAUCUGGCAGCUGCCAAUGGGAAUGAAGAUGCUAUAUUCUUACUAACUUCCAUGUACAAAGCUAGAACUGACAUACGUGAUUUUUGCGGACAGUUACCAAGCGCUUAUUUACCUAAAGAAAAGGAGGUACUAUCAAAAUACUUUCCAAAUCCUCUGCGCGAAUUAUUGCGAAAUUCUGAUAAUCAUUUACAUUUGUUGGUAAACCAACCAGAAACCAACCAAUUCUCCUCUGAUCCUGUUUCAAAUGAUGAUAAUAAUAGUAACAAUGAGUGUAGUAGCGAUUGUGGAUUAGUGAAUAAUUUUAAUCCACUACAUUCUACACCAAUUAAUUCUCAUUUUCCAUGGAGUCAGCCUAAUCAAAACGCUGAAGAACCGCAACGACAAAUGUAUGUUUCACGAGGUCUGGGUUCAGUUCGCAGCGAGAAACGUGAUUCUUCGAAAGAAAGGUAUAGAAUACACAAGACCCUACCAUCUGCAGUAGCCAAUAAAAUAAUUUGCUUCCCAUUAGUAGACUUUAAAGUAUUAAACACAGGUUCGAGACUUCCUGCAGUCAAACUAAAAUUUGAUAGUCCCAAAACAAUCUUCCAUUUGAAUUUUCGAUAUGAUGAUGUUAAACUCAUCCAAAAUGUUUAUACACAUAUUCGUCAGAGGCGUAAAAACGCUUCAUUUUGUUAUAAUCCCUGCAAUCCUGAGAUCACUAAAUCAUCGGAACUGAAUAUAAAAAAUAAUACUGGGCGUCUAGGACCAUCAAAUUUACGUUCAACUAUUGGUCGACAGUUAAAGCGCCACGUACAUAAUACUCAGGGAGAGAUGUUGGUGACAGAAAACAAUGCACAUAAUAAACCUUUAAACAGUAAUGGUGAUAGUGAUGAAGGUGAUGAAUUUACUGAGUCACCAACUCCAACAAAUGAAUUAUAA